AUGCGAGAGGAAGAAGAAGAAGGCACUUUUCAGUUCAGAGAAACAGCGAAAACGCAAGAAUCAGUCGAAGAAGGCGUCGGGCAGCAAAAAGUUUAUGAAAAAAGAUUGCCAGAUUUCAUCAUAAUUGGGAUGCAAAAAUGCGGAACGACAGCUUUAAAAUACUAUUUGGAAGUUCAUCCGAAUCUUCUAGCGCCAGACCGGGGAGAGAUUCACUUUUUUGAGAAAGACGGCAAUUUUAACAAGGGAAAAGACUGGUACAUCAGCGAAAUGCCAAGUGCUGGUCCUGACUCCCUCGUCUUCGAAAAGACUCCCGAUUACAUGGCAGUCCCGAUUGUUCCGAAAAGAAUCUUCGAAUUGAAACCUGAUGUGAAGCUGAUAGUAACAACUUGUGAUCCCGUAAAACGAGCAUUUUCAAAUUUUUUGCAUCUGACAAGCGUGGAAAGACCGAUCGACGAAGUUGCUCCAGGAGUUCAAUUUGUUAUGAAUUCAACUUUUGAUGAGGCCAUUUUUGCAGCGCUGAAAAAAUCUGUCGGCGAAAAAAAUGCAAAGCUUAUUUUUGAGAAGCCGGAUGAAAUCAACGAGGAGAAAAGAGAAGAAAUAAGAGAGACAUUUACUUCAUUUGCGAGCAAAAUUUGGGACGAUAACAAGAAAUUUCCCAUGCCAGAAGGUCUCUUAGUGAAAGGAUACUACAAAUUUCUCAUCGAAAAAUGGUCCCAAAUCUUCCCUCCCGAAAACAUCCUCCCCCUAAACGGCACUCUUCUCUCAUCCUCGCCCUGGAACGCCUCACGCCAAAUAGAGGAUUUCCUGGAAAUAGAAAACUUCCUGACAGAAGACAAAUUUUCAAGAAUCGAAGACACGAAUUUUUAUUGUAUCAAAACAAAUCGUAAAAAACGACCUUGUUCAAAACCUGGCGGCAAAAAAGGCCGUACUUUGGAAACGAAAAUGAGCGAAAAAGCUCAGUAUGCGCUUCGAGUAUUUUAUCAUGCUCUUAGCUAA